UCAGAAAACGUAAUGUGGCUGGCGUAUGAUGUCAUAACCGAUGUAGUGGUACUACGAUCUUUCUAAGAAUACCAAUGACAUUGAAGAGGAAAUGUAUCAAGAAGGCUGAGAUCGCAUGUGUGUUUAUAAAGUCUGAAUGAAUUUGUGUCAGAUGUUCCUCUCGAGCACGAGAGAGUGUUUGGAGCGAGUGGACACGUUAGCUGUACUUCCAUAUUAGACUGAUUGACUGGAAGGAGAGCAGUCGUCAAGGAAGGACUACGUUUGUGGAGAAUCGCUCUUCUCUUUUAACUCUGCGGUGUGUGUGACCAAACUCACAGAAGGGAACAUGAGCUAGUGACAUCGCGAAGCUCAGCGCUGGAACGUCUCAACGCUACACACAUUUCCAGAUGCGUGCUGGGAGGUAAACGCCAUCAUGCGGACUCUGGCGAUGAUGAGGAUGAUGAUGAUGCUGAUGAUGAUGAUGGCAUCGUCGCAUUCAGCUCUCGCAGAUCAAAGUUUGAAGUGUUAUAAUGAUUACCGGAACAACUUCACAUGUGUUUGGGACACCUCAAAACUGGACGUGAUCCCUCCGGUCCGACCCGAGACCAACUGCUGGAUUCAUGUAAAGGUUCAGAAGCGUCUCUCUGAUUGCAGUACAUUGAGUGAAAAAGACAUGAAGAUGUCUGCAGACCCGACGCAGCCUCACAUACGCUCUGCCACCGUGACUUUCGAAAGCGAGCUAGGUGUGAUAACACCAAAAGCCAAAUUAUUUUACGAAGUCUACUGUGAAAACUACACAAAUCCUGUGGCUGAAAUAGCAAAACAUUUUGCAAGUGACAGUGUAGUGAAAGUGCCUCCUCCUCACAGAGUGGAAGUUCAUGGGAUCAAUGUUUCUUGGAGUAUGGUUUCUCCAGAAAAAUAUAAGAAGCAUGAGUAUGAGGUGCAGUACAGAUCUGCUGCUCAGAGCUGGAAGGAUGAGGAAGAUUCGAUUGCAAAAACUCUAGAACCUCAUUUUAGUCUGCCAGAGGACCGUCUGCUCUUACAUCAGCAGUACGUGGUCAGGGUGAGAGCCAAGAAGCAGGAUCUGCCCAAUGCUGAGUGGAGCGACUGGAGUGAGUACAGCUGGACGUCUGCUGUGGGUCAGAAGCCACACACUUCAGCGAUGCCCCCGGUGGAAUCGUCUGUGGCAGGAAUCACGUUCACGGGAAUCACUCUGGCCACCGUAUUAAUCUUCACCAUUCUCAUCAAGUGCAAGAGAGUCAAGAGGAUUGUGGCUAGUUCAUCUUUCAGGGUCCAGAAGAAAGGUUCCACGUAUAUUCCUGAUCCCUCCAAGUUCUUCGGUGAUCUGAACUCGAGCCACGGAGGGAAUUUCACGUCUUGGCUGGGUUCGAUUUUAACGCACGAGAGCUUCAUCAGAGUGGACACCGAGUUCAUCAGUCCAGUCGAGGUCCUGAAGCUGCAGAACUCCUGCGAUUCCGGCGGCACGAGCAGAAACAGCGGCGCUGUGCAGGACAGAUGGGACGGCACCGUCAAAUCCUCCAACUUCUCAAACUCCACCUACUUCCUGUCCCAGAGUUCCAAGGGGCCGAGCGACACUCUGGAGCCCUGCUCGGUGCACUCCUCCUACGGGCCGGCACGGGGCGGCAGCGGCUCGGAGACGCUUCCGGAGCGCGCCGCUGACGUCGCUCGCGCCGCUGAGGAGAAGGACGCCAAAGAGCUGGAAUUGUCUCUGAAGACGCUGGAGAAGCUGCGGCAGGACACGCAGAGCCCGGAUUCGGGGUUCGCCGGUGGCGCCGAGGACAGCAUGGAGGAGACGGAGCUGCCCAGUCCUCUGAGCUUGAAGCUGCCGCCUCAGCUGCCCCUGGACCUGCCCGCGCCGCAGCCCAGCAGACACCCGCUCCUGGGCUUUCAGCACAUGCAUCUGCUGCUGGGACCGGGCUGCCCGAUUCCCGGAUUAGACAUGGACGUCCUGAACCUGGACCUCCAGAGCUCCUGUGGGCUCAUUGAGCCCUCUAGUGGCGAUUACAUGCCGGUGAAGAACGUGCAGAGUUAGUGUUGAAAGACAGACCGCCGACUAUCACAGCGGAUAUCACGUUAACGGUUACACAGAAAUAGACCAGAUUAAUCUGUGACUGCAACAAAACGAAAAAGCUUGAGAGCAAAUUUUGCGUUCAUUCUGUCAUCGCCUGCUCAUCCUCAUGACUUUCACACGGCGAGAUGUUUCUGCUGGAGUGUCUAGGCUGCUCUUGUCCAUCCAGUAAACCACAGCUGUACAGAAAGAGUUUCAGUUCAGGCUUCACACACAAAAGCAUCACUGAUUUUGAAAGACUUAUCAUACUUACAUAUCAUACUCAACAAAUAUGCAGUUUGUUUUGCUUUGCACUUUCACUGCACGGAAAAGAGCAGCGUGAACAUUCUGCUAAACAUCUCUGUUUGUGUUCCACAGAAGAGAGAAGGUCAUACAGUUGCUGGUUGCACAAACCGCUUAGACUUGUCUUAAAAGUUAGUCGUUUACGUUUUUAAAGGUAGAUUGGACUAACGUGAAUCCGAAAAAUAAGACUGAUUGCCGCUUGGUUUACUGUUAAUUGGCCAAAUUAGUUCUUAAGACAGUCUUACCCUAUGUUUGUCCAUCAGGAGUUUGGAAGGGAAGGGGAUGGGAGAAGUUUAAUUUUUGCCUGUAUAUCACUCACAGUAAAGUCUUGAUGUUUGCUGUGGUAUACUUUGGUUACUGCAUGACUAAUGAGUUAGUGAAGGUGGUUGACAUGACCGGAUCUGCUGUUGUUCAUGCAGGAUUUGUGUGACGCAGAUACGGUCGCUCGCGUCACUCAGAACAAGCACAGGAUCUGCGGGCGAAACCAGGUGAAACACAAAGGACAGCUUCCUGUUUCUUUUCACUAAAAUUCUACUGCACCGUUUACAUGGCAGGACUCAAAAGGGAACUAGCUGUUUAGAAAAUGAUUCGUUUCAGAUGAGACGAUUUAUACCCCCUGAAUGUUAUCAUAAUAUAUAAUUUCUAUUUAUAAAAUGGGAGAUUUGUUUGAGUGGGUUGCACUUAUCGCAGUUAUUGCCAUUUCAUCUUGUGUCUUUAAUUUUUGCAUUCAAAUGUAUGCGUUUAAAGUGAUGUUUGCUAUUUUGAUGAAUGUAAGAGAUGCCAGUAGUUCUCAGCCAUUGCAAUUUGCUGCUAAAAUAUAUAUUAAAGCAUAUUUGUGCUCAGAGUGUUUCUGAUCUGCUGACUGACUCUAGCUAUAGCUGGUCAGUGUGGGUCAGGUAGACCAAAUAACGCUGUUCUAAAAGCAUUUUUAUGGACUUUCAACAGCAUCUGUUGGUCAGCGGCUCUGAGACGAAUGAGAAUGACAGUGGAUAGAUUUAUAGACCUAUGAGUGUUAUAAUAUAAAAAUGUUUCACUGUUUCACUAGUUUCACUGCUGUGCGUCAGAUACAAUAUGUGGUAUGCCGUAAAAUGCUUAAUAAUAAAAUAAAAAAUCUUAAGAAAUGUGAGAAGCAAA